AUGGAUCCCACCGGGGAGAUGCUCCUCUGCACCUGCACCGGCUCCUCCACGAAGGGCACGUGGAGAAGGUACCUGGGAUUAUUGGUGAUGCUCCAGCUCCUGCUCCAUGCGGAAGCCUCGUCCGGGUCCAAGUCCUGCGACAAGAGCUGCUCCUCAGGGAGGUGCGUGAACGGGAGCUGCUCCUGCGACCACGGAUGGGUCGGGGAUCGGUGCCAACACUGUCAGGGAAGAUUCAAAUUAACCGACCUGACAGGUUCCCUCACAGACGGACCAGUGAACUAUAAAUACAAGACCAAAUGCACUUGGCUAAUAGAAGGAUAUCCUAAUGCAGCACUCAGGCUGCGCUUCAAUCACUUUGCCACCGAGUGCAGCUGGGACCACAUGUACGUCUACGAUGGAGACUCCAUCUACGCCCCUUUGAUUGCCGUCUUCAGCGGUCUUGUCGUGGCAGAGAGCGGCGGCAACGAGACGGUUCCCGAGGUGGUGACGACCUCCGGCUACGCUCUGCUGCACUUCUUCAGCGACGCGGCGUACAACCUGACCGGCUUCACCAUCACCUACUCGAUAAACUCGUGUCCCAACAACUGUUCGGGCCACGGCAGAUGCGGCACGGCCAACCUGGCCUCUGGGCGCGUGUACUGUGAGUGUGAGGACUACUGGAAAGGAGAGGCCUGCGACGUCCCGUACUGCAGAGACAACUGUGGCAGCCCGGACCACGGCUACUGUGACCUGACCGGAGAGAAGCUCUGCGUCUGCAACGACAGCUGGCAAGGUCCGGACUGUUCUCUGUCUGUCCCGUCCACCGAGGCCUUCUGGACGCUGCCCAGCGUCAAGCCGUCAGCGCAGUCGUCGGGUCGAGCGUCCCAUCAGGCACUGCUGCACGCUGGGCUCAUGUGGGUGGUGGGGGGCUACUCCUUCAACUACUCCAACUACCACAUGGUUCUCAACUACGACCUGGAGAGCAGUACGUGGGACGCGGUGCCUGUGAGCAGCGGCCCUCUCCACAGAUACGGACACUCGCUGGCUCUGCACCAGGAUGACAUCUACAUGUUUGGCGGGAAGCUUGAAUCCGGAUCCGCCAACGUGACCGACGAGCUGUGGGCCUUCAACAUCCCCCGACGCACGUGGUCGCCACGGAAACCCGCCCCGCCUCCUCCCUACGCCCUGGAGGGACACUCAGCCCACGUGGUGGAGCUGGCCGCCGGCGAAGCGGUGAUGCUGAUCUUCUUCGGCUACUCGCCGGUUUACAGCUACAUCAACAAAGUUCAGGAGUACAACUUCAGGUUGAACUCGUGGCAGGUUGUGUCGGCCGGCGGCGCGGUGGUCCAGGGGGGAUACGGCCACAGCAGCGUGUACGAUGAGUCCAGCGGCUGUGUUUUCGUUCACGGGGGAUACAAGGCCCUGAACAACAACAAGUACGGUCUGGUGGACCACAUGUACCGCUACCACGUCCCCAGCAGGACAUGGUUGAUCCUCAGAGAGAGUGGUCUGGCGCGACACCUCCACUCGGUGGCGCUGCUGAGCGGCACAGUUCUGGUUUUUGGGGGAAACACUCACAACGACACGUCGCUAAGCAACGGAGCCAAGUGUUUCUCUGCUGACUUCCUUGCUUACGACAUCGCUUGUGAUGAGUGGUCCAUCCUCCCCAGACCAUCGCUGCACCGGGACGCCAACCGCUUCGGACACUCUGCUGUCGUGAGCAACGGCUCCAUGUUGAUCUUCGGAGGUUUUUCCGGCGUCCUCCUGAACGACGUGCUGACCUACACCCCCCCAUCAUGUCGGGCCUUUUCUAACCCAGCUCUGUGUGCUGCUGCUGGGCCCGGCCUUCGCUGCCACUGGGUCAAAACCAGAUGUUUUCCCUGGGAACCAAAACCACCUGACCAGAUUCUACCUGCUGUGAUCUGUCCUUCAAGACCUGACAGCACAGACGAGCAGUGUUUCCGCUUCUCAGACUGUGCGAGCUGCACGGCCAACACGUGGGGGUGCCAGUGGUGUGAGGACAGGAAGUGCAUCUCCUCCUCCAGCAACUGUACUGUGCUGACCCUGGAGCUGGCCCAGCAGCAUGGCGGCCCUCUGUCUCUGUCCCCCCCUCCAUCCAUGUUGUCUGAACACCAGCUGAGCUUGUGGAAGCACGGAGCCAGGAGGCGGGGUCAUUCGGUGAGAGACUCCUUCAGGUGUAAGCGUCGGGAGGAGCAGGAGUGUUUCCGACUGGCCAACUGCAGGAGCUGCUCCCUUAACGUCAACUGUCAGUGGGACCAGCAGCAGCAGGAGUGUCAAGCGCUGCCUGGUCAGCUGUGUGGAGAGAGCUGGCACCACGUGGACGACGCCUGCCUGAGGAUCAACUCCAGCAAGGAGAGCUAUGACAACGCGCAGCACUACUGUAAGAACCUGGGAGGAAACAUCGCGUCGCUGCUCACAGACAAACAAGUCAACUUCGUCCUGGAGGAGCUGCAGAGACACCAGCUGCAGGACAAGAGGUUGUCUCCGUGGGUCGGCCUGAGGAAGAUCAACGUGUCGUACUGGGGCUGGGAGGACGCGUCGCCAUUCACCAACACCAGCCUGCGCUGGUUGCCGGGGGAACCCAGCGACUCUGGCUUCUGUGCCUCGCUGGAGCAGCCGCUGGCGGCCGGGCUCAAAGCCAACCCCUGCACUGCCACCACGGACGGGCUGAUCUGUGAGAAACCUGCAGGGAGUCCUCAGACCCCGAGUGCUCGUCCCUGUAAGACUCCCUGCGCUCUGAGGUCCAGCUGCUCCAACUGCACCAGCCAGGCCAUGGAGUGCAUGUGGUGCAGCAGCGCCCAUCGCUGCGUGGACUCCUCGGCCUACGUCAUCUCCUUCCCCUACGGCCAGUGUCUGGAGUGGCAGACUCAGGACUGCUCAGCUCAGAACUGCUCAGGUCUGCGGACGUGUGCCGACUGUCUUGAGCGAGCCGAGUGCGGCUGGUGCGGUGACCCCAGUAACACUGGGAAGGGCGCCUGCACGGAGGGAUCCUACCGGGGGCCCCUGAAGCCCUCCAGCCCCAGGGCCGGGUCCCGGGACCGGGACAUGGUGCUGGACCAGAGUCUGUGCACGUCGGACAGAGGCUUCAACUGGGCCUACAUCCAGUGUCCAGCGUGUCAGUGUAACGGUCACAGCAGGUGUGUGAACGCCAGUGUGUGCGAGCGCUGUGGGAACCUUACGGCCGGGACGCACUGCCAGAACUGCAUGGCUGGUUACUACGGCGACCCCAUCAACGGAGGGAAAUGUAACGCAUGUAAGUGUAACAGUCAUGCCAACGUGUGCCACGUCACCACGGGGAAGUGCUUCUGCACCACCAAGGGCAUCAAGGGAGACCAGUGCCAGCUAUGUGACUCAGAGAACCGUUACCUUGGUAACCCCCUAAGAGGAACAUGUUAUUACAACCUGUUGAUCGAUUACCAGUUUACCUUCAGCUUGCUGCAGGAAGAUGACCGUCACUACACGGCAAUCAACUUCAUGGCUACACCCGAACAGGCCAACAAAAAUCUCGACAUGUCCAUCAACGCCUCCAACAACUUCAACCUCAACAUCACCUGGUCCUUAAGCUCCACAGCCGGCACCAUCUCCGGUGAAGAGAUGCCCAUCAUCGCUCGGACCAACAUCCGGGAGCACAGGGACAGUCUGUCCUGUGAGAAGUUCAACUUCAGGCUUCACCACAACAUCACUUUCUACGUCUACGUGUCCAACUUCAGCUGGCCAAUCAAGAUCCAGAUCGCCUUCUCUCAGCACAACAGCAUCAUGGACCUGGUGCAGUUCUUCGUCACCUUCUUCAGCUGCUUCCUGUCACUGCUACUCGUCGCUGCCGUGGUUUGGAAGAUCAAGCAGACGUGUUGGGCGUCACGGAGACGAGAGCAGCUGAUGAGAGAGCGCCAGCAGAUGGCCAGUCGUCCCUUCGCCUCAGUGGCUGUGGUGCUGGAGGUGGGCGGCGACCAGGAGGAGCUGCUGCAGGCGUUGCCGAAGCCCAUCGCCACGGAGCCGUGCUGGGGGAGCAGAGCAGGUGUUCUGACGGUGCUGCUGUAUCUGCCCAGAGUCCCGUCUGGAACCCCCCCGCCUGGACAGUGUGGAAUCGCUAUCGCCAGCGCUCUGGUGGACGCAUCACAGCAGCGAGCCAUGGACUUUAAGGACCGAGGCCUCGGACUCAAGCAUCGCAAACACAUCGUGCACCAUCAGGGGACGUGUGUAUGAACUGGAUGAUGACACGUCCUCAUGUCCCCGGAGGAGACAACACUGACAACACAACACAAAGGGUUCUGAUGAUCUUCAUGAAUCAGAGGAUGGUGGAACAUGGAACUCAUGGUUCCUUCCUCCGCUGCAUUAGAUGGACAAACUUCAUAAACAGGCUCUUUCUGUCCCUGUUGAUCUGAUGAUUCACGAAAACAACAAGUUUCAGAGCAGAGACUAAUUUCAGAGCCAUGAUGAUGAUGAAGAUGAUGAUGAGGACGUGUUUCUCCUUCGGUCAGAUAUUUACAAAGGGAGCUGCAUCUGCACCGUGUGGCUCAGUGUGGAAGUGCAACUGACUUACAAACCCACUCUGGAGCGAAACCCUGCAACAACAACAACAUG